AAAGGAAUCAUCAACAUCAACAUCAUCAUUUUUCAUCAUCCCCUGAAUCCCAAGUUACCAUUUGAAGCAAGAAAUAAAACUUCAGGCAUAAAUUGUGAACUAAAUAGAAUACAACAGCUCAGGAGCCAGCGCUCGGUGUUUCCAUACCGCAUACGGAUAGACAUUUCUUCGCAUAGCAUCGAGGGCACAAAAUUGAGAAAGAACAUACCGCUAGGAACCCAAUCGAAUCGAACAUAGAUCUUUCGGAACGGAACGAACAACCCGUUGUUGUCUCGGCUGGAUUUCGACACGGUGCUGUGGAUCGAUCGGUUAUGCAAGAAGAAAAUCAUCCGAACCACAACGAACGGGACAACCGCUUGUGGGGGAGGCCCCUCUCGCGGGUUCGACCGGUCGGACCCGGAUCCGGAGUGGACGAUCCAGGCGCAGACGGAGGAAUCGGUCGCGGCGGCGACAGCGGCAGCCCGAGCGCCGAACGAGCGAGCAAUGGAAGGACCGAUCACGAGCACGGCGAAACCGGCAACAACAACAACAACAUCGACGACGACGAACGAAUCGCGCGGUUCUCUGGUGGUCCGUUGGACGGAGACCGGGAUGUUCAAAUGGAAGUCCCGCCGGAGGAUCCACCGGUAGAAUCCAAUCGCGGCAACGGAAACGUCCAUACCCAUCGUUCCGGCCACAACAACAACAGCAACAACAGCAACAACAACAACAACAACCGUGGAAACGAACCUACCGGGGAAGGACGGCAGCCAAUCCGAGGCGACAACGACUUUCGCUUCGAUCCUUGGGAGGGGAACCAGAGGGAGGCGGAUGGAGAUCUUCCGCGGGGGAUGGAGGUGGACGCGGUCGGGGAACAGGGGAACGCCGUUCGUAUCCCGAACCAGGGGAACCUUCCCGAUCCCGUUCCCCCCAACCAGCGAGAAGGCGGCGUUAUCGAAGCCAACCGUAGCGUUGCCCAUCGAGUAGGAACCGUUUUCGAAGCCAAUCGUAGCUUUGCCUCCUUUCGGAUUCGGAGGGAGGCGGAGAGGCUUGCCCAACGAGAAAGAAGCGUUAUCGAAAACAAUCGUAGCUUUGCCUCCUUUCGGAUUCGAAACAUGUACAUGUUUCGAAACAGGAACCGACCCAAUCGUAACGACAACGAAAACAAUGCCAACAACAACGCCCUUCAUGCAAUCAACAAUGCCAACAACAACAACAACAACGACGACGACGACGACAACAACAACAACAAUUUUCCAAAUGUUGACAUCAACAACGCGGAAGAGGAUUUCAACGACGCACUGGACGAUCUUUUUGUCCAAAUGAUUCGCAAUCGGAAUCAAAACGACGACGAUGAACACGCCCAGGCCAGCAGGCGAUGGGACCGGCGGAUCUCUGCCCGAGCCCGCCAAAGCAUACCGUCCACCCUCUUCAACAUGGUCCGGGAGGGCCGGACCUGCACCUCGGUCCUCUCGGGCUGGGGAAUCUCGGAGCAGGGCUCGUGCCUCAGCACAGUGAGGCACUGCGCUUCGCAUCCCAACGAGGUCUGGUACACCUCCAAGCAGAGCCGGGGCCCCCUCCACGAGGCCUGCCUCCGUGGGGCCUGCCGCCACGUGAUCCGGGCCCUGCUGGAGGCGACCAACUACCGCGGAGCUACCGACCGUGACCGCCACUGGAACACACCUCUGCACUUGCUCUUUGUGGACUCGACUCUCUCCGUUCUCAACAACUCAAACAUUGUCUGGUCUCCGGAAUACCUGGCCGGCUUGGUCGAAGACCUCAUAGACCACAAUCCCGAAGUCGUUGCGGGCUGCACGAAUAACAACGGGGACACACCUCUCCACUCGGCCUGCAUGGCCCCCGAAACCAUGGUCGAUCCCAGCACCAUCGUUCGGCUCCUUGAGGCAAACCCGAGUGCCGCCCACAAGAGGAAUUCUUCCCACGAGACCCCCCUCCGGCUCCACUGCGAACGGCGCAACGCAUCUCCGGAGGUAGCAGAGCUCCUCCUGAACCAAAACUUGGACGCGCUCGUCACCCUGGACUCCCGUUGUGGCUGGGCCCCCAUCCACGCGGCGGCGGCCAACGCAAACUUUCGCCUGCUGAGGUAUCUGGUGGAGGCCCGGCCCGACGCCGUCAAGGUGCAGACCUCCCAGCGGCAGACCGCCCUGCACCUCUUGUGCCAGAACCACACGCACCUCUCGGCACCGUCCAGCCGUGGCAGCAGCAGCGGUGUGACGGCGGCGGUCGAACUCCUCCUGCGGACCGAUCCGGAGGCGGUGGUGCACAAGGACACCGUGAACGGCCAGACGCCGCUGCACCUGCUGUGCAAAACCGAGGGCUCCCGCUCGGCCCCCCUCCCGGUGGUCACCCUCCUGCUGGACAAGAACCCCUCGGCCGCGGCGAUUUCCGACUUCCAGCAGUACCUGCCCCUCCACUACGCCUGCGAAAUGGGAUGCGCUCCCGAGGUCGUCCGGGCCCUGCUCGAGGCACACCCGGACGCGGCGAGGGCCCUCACCCGCAAGAAGGACUCGGCCCUCUCCCUGGCCUGCACCCGCAACAAGAGCCCCGAAACGGUCCAGAUGCUGAUUCAGGCCAACCCCUCGGCCCUGACCGAGACGAACGACUACGGGUUUUCUCCGCUGCACUGCGUCUGCCGGAACCGCCAGCCGCGGAUGGGGAUCGUGGAGGCCCUCGUCGCUGCCUGUCCCGAGAGUCUGGGCCUCGAGACGAACGCCGGCGAGACGCCGCUGAGGCUAGCAGAAACCAACACCGGAACCUUUGCGGGCAUCCUGCAGCUCCUGGCAACCAACGGGAACAAAGGCGCUCCUUCCGGUCCCGGAGAAAGCGGCAUGAACGACAGGAUGUCCUGGACCGACGACUCGAUCGAGAACGCCGACGGCAACCCUAGGCAGACCAAAAAGGACGACCACAACGGCGCUGGAGGAAAGAGUCACCAAGAACAAGCCCCCCUAAACGAUGCCCUGGAUCUCCUUAACAACAAUUACCGCAACAAUUACCGUUCCAGCAGGGACCCGACCUUUUCUCGAAAGAGUGUGAAAACGAACAAGAUGGGAAAUACUCCGCGUAAGUUGACUUGCGAGAUUCGUUGCAUUUUUGCUUUUUCACCUUAAUUCCCCUUUGGGUGCGCUGCAUGUGGAACAUGGUGAAUAUUCCCUUUUGUUGGCUGUCGCUAAACGGUUACAGGUUUCAUCGUUUCUUACUACCCGCUUCCCUCCUCCUUUCCCGGUUGAUUUUUUUUAUUUUUCAGUACACGACGCUUGCUUCCUCAAGACCACCCCCUACGAGCACCUGGAGAUGAUUGCCAAGAAGAAUCCGGAAUAUAUUCGGGUUCGCAACAACGCGGGCCACACCCCUCUUCAGCUUCUCUGCAUGAUUGGCCGGAUCGACGAGCGCAUCAUCUCGACCUUUGCCCAGAUGGGGGGGCCCGAGAUAUUUGCGGAGAAGGACUCGAACGGAAACACGCCGCUUCAUGCGGCCGUGCAACAAUGGAUCGACGCAGCUUCGAUCCGGUGCCUGAUCCGGGCUGCCCCCGAUGCCCUCCGAUCGCGGACAACGUACGGAGACACACCCCUCCAUCUGGCGUGCCUGCGGAGAUGCACCGAAGAGGUUGUUCAGGAGAUGGCCAUGGCUGCCAGCAGCGGGGAUGUGCUGCCCGCCCUGGUUCCCAACCUGGCAGCCCACACCCCCAUUGGAAUCGCCAUGGCCAACUUUAAGGAGACCAGAGAUGCCGACAAGUGCCCUGGUUUCCCUGGUUACGGUGGGAAUGCCUAUAACGUGUUGUCGACACUCAUUAAGAUCGUUUACUAUGGCCCGCAGCAGUGCCAGCAGCAGGGGCUGAAAAACCUCAGCCUGCUCCGGGCCUGCGUGGUCCUGCACCGACAGAACAUCCGUUUGGACCCCACCUUCAUCCGCCAGGUCAUCCACAUGUAUCCGGAGGAGGUCAAGCAGGUGGACGAGGACGGGAACUACCCCCUGCACAUCGAGGCGAGCAUCCCGAUUGAGAAAAUGACGCUCCUGGACGGGAACUGCCCCGGCAGCCGGAUGGGGAUACUCCGCGUCCUGCUGGAGGCCUAUCCCAGCGCCUGCGCUGCUCGCAACAAGGAGAACCAGUUCCCGCUGGGCCUGAUGAUCAACGCCGGCCGCCUGUGGGGCCACACCAUCGCGGUGGCCCUGCGGGCUUUUCCCCCCGCCCUCCACUGGUGCAAGGGCGUCGACGAUCGGUUCGGCGCCCUUCUGCUGGAAAAAGCCAGCAAGGAAUGCGGGACGGACACGCUGUUUUCCCUGCUGGUCAGCCGGCCGGACCUCUUCGAAAUGGCCUCGUCGUCGGGAUCGAUCCAACACGAAUAUUCAGGCGGAGACUAUGCAAUGCGGUGAUAGCGGGAGAUUUAUGAACAAACAAAUCAGCCCAACUAUGAGACGAUGAGGCACAAAGAGCACGGGAAUGCUCCGCACGGUGUGAAGGAAGGAAGAACAAACACCACACCUUGGUGGUGUUCGCGUAUAGUUGGAUGGGUAUUUUCCGACAGCGAUAACUCUGCUUUUGGGAGGGGGGGGGGACUAGCUAACAGCUUUUCCUCCGGCCGUGACAUCCGAUUUGAUUUCAAAUUCAAAAGUUCGGACACGAAGAGGUGGACGGUAUUUUAUUGGAAUAAGAAGCUAGUAUGAAACCCAUCAACACAAGCAUUCUAUAGAAUUGUAUGAUUAGAAUAUAUGUAGAGUUGAAGU